CAGUAUAACGAAGAGGUUUCAUAUCGUAGGAUAUAGCGAUGGCGCACAGAAUCUUGAGAGAUCACGAGGCCGAUGGAUGGGAACGCUCCGAUUUCCCAAUUAUCUGCGAGUCUUGUCUCGGAGACAAUCCUUACGUGCGAAUGACCCGGGCAGAUUAUGAUAAGGAGUGCAAGAUAUGCACCCGGCCAUUCACGGUUUUUAGGUGGCGCCCUGGCCGGGAUGCGAGAUACAAGAAAACGGAGGUUUGCCAAACUUGUUGCAAGCUAAAAAAUGUAUGCCAAGUUUGUCUUCUGGAUCUUGAGUAUGGUCUGCCAGUUCAGGUUCGAGACACAGCACUCAACAUUAGUUCUCAUGAUUCUAUCCCGAAAAGUGAUGUGAACAAGGAGUACUUUGCUGAAGAGCAUGACCGUAAGACUAGAGCUGGACUUGAUUAUGAAUCUUCAUAUGGGAAGAUUCGACCAAAUGAUACUAUUCUGAAGCUCCAAAGAACAACACCUUAUUACAAAAGAAACCGAGCGCAUAUUUGUAGUUUCUACAUUAGGGGUGAAUGCACAAGAGGUUCUGAGUGUCCAUACCGGCAUGAGAUGCCUGAAACAGGGGAGUUAUCUCAGCAGAACAUAAAAGAUCGUUACUAUGGAGUGAAUGAUCCGGUGGCGCUGAAGUUACUGAACAAGGCUGGUGAGAUGGGCACCUUGGAAACCCCGGAGGAUGAAAGCAUCAAAACGCUCUAUAUCGGAGGACUUAACUCAAGAAUCCUUGAGCAAGACAUAAGAGACCAAUUCUAUGCCUAUGGAGAGAUCGAAUCAAUCAGAAUCUUACCCGAAAAAGCAUGUGCUUUCGUCACAUACACAACCCGAGAAGGAGCAGAGAAGGCUGCUGAAGAGCUCUGCAACAAGCUGGUCGUCAAUGGUCAAAGGCUAAAAGUGACAUGGGGUAGGCCUCAAGUUCCCAAAAGUGAACCAGACGGAUCAGACCAAGCUAAACAACAGGCCGCUGUGGCUCACACCGGAAUGCUACCCCGAGCUGUUAUAUCGCAGCAGCAAAAUCAACCCCCACCGAUGCAAUAUUAUAUGCAUCCUCCACCACCUCAUCAAGAUAGACCCUAUUACCCGUCUAUGGACCCGCAGAGAAUGGGAGCACUUAUCCCGUCUCAAGAUGGAAGUUCAAGCACCAGUGAGAACAGAGGAGCUUCAUCUUCACACCUGAUGCCACAGCCGCCACAUGGGCAUUACAUGCAUCACCCUUACCCUCCACCACCUUACGGAUAUAUACCACCGCCUUUCCAGCAGUACCCACCUUACCAUCAUCACCCAUCUCCGAUGGCGCACCAUGGUCCACCACCGGGUGCUCAGCCAUACCCUCUGCAGCCUGGCCCCGGGCUAAGGCCUACACCACCCCAAAGCUCAGCCUCUGCUCAGCCACAGCCGGACUCUGCACCUGCACUGUCCUUGUCAUCUGGUUCUGGUUCAGCUUCAGGAUCCAUCCAACAAGAGGCUACGGGGUCUGGUUCGUCGCAAUAAAGGUUUUAUUGAUCUUCAAACUGUUUUCUCAGCUAAUAUACUCUCUGGAUUUACCGGUGGCCUGACACGACGGCUUUGUAGUCUGAAUUCUCUCUGUUGUUCCUUUAUCUCUUGUUUCCAGCGUAUGUUUUUUUUCAUACCAAAUACCAAGCUGUCUCAUCGUGGACGGUAAGGUGAAGUGUGGAUGGAACGGAUUUGGGAUUA